UAUUUUUACCUACUACGUUAUAAAUUUUUAAAAUGAUUAAAUCUGAACUACCAUAAGAAUCCUUAUGGAUCGAUCCCGGCCUACAAAUUGAUCUCAGCAAGUAGAGAAGCGUGUGAAAUUGGGAGGGGCUUCAACAACUCAAGCCAAAGAUAUCUCGCCCGUAAAACAGUCUGAUAAGCUACAAUAAUGGAUUUCCUGCUACCAUGCCUAAACACAAUCAUAGCUGGAUUGUUUGCCAUACUUGUAGUUUCCUACUACUUUAUGAAAAAGAGGUCCGAAGCUUCAAAGGGAAAAAGAGCACCCGAAGCUGCUGGCGGAUGGCCUCUAAUUGGUCACCUGCGACUAUUAGGCGGAUCUCAUGAGCUCCCCCACAUCACUUUGGGAGCCUUAGCCGAAAAGUAUGGACCAGCCUUUACCAUUCGGAUUGGGGUGCAUCCAGCCUUGGUGAUAAGUAGCUGGGAGUUGGCUAAGGAGUGCUUCACCACCAACGACGUGGCCCUGUGUUCUCGUCCCAACCUUGUUGGCUCAAAACACUUGGGUUACAACUAUGCCAUGUUUGGAUUCUCCCCCUACGGCUCUUAUUGGCGUGAGAUGCGCAAGAUAACCGCCUCAGCGUUACUCUCGAACCGCCGGCUCGAGCUACUUAAGGAUGUUCGAGCCUCUGAGAUGAAGAACUCGUUAAAAGAGCUGUACAAGCUCCGGACCGGCGGUGUUUCAGUGGAGAUGAAGCAAUGGUUCGGGGACUUGGCUCUCAACGUGGUUCUUAGGAUGGUAACUGGAAAGCGGUACUCUGGUGACGAUGAAGGUGCACGACGGUGUCAGAAGGCGUUCAGGGAGUUCUUUCACUUGAUGGGGCAGUUUGUGGUCGGGGACGCCAUUCCUUAUCUUGGGUGGUUGGAUUUGGGUGGGCAAGAGAAGGCCAUGAAGAAAACAGCGAAGGAGAUAGACUGUCUAGCAACAGAGUGGUUGGAGGAGCACCGGAAGAGGAGAGAUUCAGGUGAGGCUAAAGGGCAGCAAGAUUUCAUGGAUGUAAUGCUGUCAAUCCUUGAUGGUGCAGACCUUGAUGGCUUUGAUGUUGAUACGAUCAACAAGGCUACAUGUUUGAAUAUGAUAUCAGGAGGCUCAGACACAACCAUGGUCACUCUGACGUGGGCGCUCUCGGUGUUGUUGAACAAUCGGCAUGCUUUAAGUAAAGCCCAAGAGGAACUGGACAUCCACGUGGGCAAGGAAAGACUAGUCAAUGAAGAAGAUAUUAACGAAUUGUUCUACCUCCAAGCCAUCGUUAAAGAGGCUCUAAGGCUAUACCCACCUGGACCUCUCUCAGGACCAAGAGAAUCCACAGAAGACUGCACCAUUGGUGGCUACCAUGUCCCAAAAGGCACCCGUCUUGUGGUGAAUCUUUGGAAGAUCCAGACAGACCCUGUCGUGUGGUCUGACCCAUUAGAGUUCAAGCCAGAGAGAUUUCUCACAACCCACAAGGAUGUCGAUGUCAAGGGUCAAAAUUUUGAGCUCAUCCCCUUCGGCAGCGGUAGAAGAGCGUGCCCGGGGAUAUCGUUUGGCCUUCAAAUGCUGCAAUUGACAUUAGCCAGUCUGAUACAUGCAUUUGACAUUUCAACUCCAUCAAACGCUCCAGUUGACAUGACUGCAACCUUUGGACUAACAAACAUCAAAUCCACGCCACUUGAGGUUGUCCUUAAACCUCGCUUGCCACCAAAUCUUUAUGAAUAAAUAUUGGACUACUGCAGUUUUUUAUCAUCAAUGGUUGUCUCAGCAUCGUUUAGUUUCCUUAAUUUCUCUAAUAUUUGCUGGUUGGAGAAAGUUUAUCACUACCUUCUAUUUCUUGUUAGAUUAUAUUAUGAGUACAUAUGUACCUUGUCCCACAUGAGUUAUUUGUAUGUAUAACUGUGUUACUAGCCUAUAUAUGUAGGCCCCUCAUGUACACUAUUAUAUGUGAUACAAUAUACUACCUUAUUUUUAGCA